AUGGUUGUCCUCGUCAUGCUAUCUGCUGCUCUCCUCCUCGGCCUCUUCCUGCCUUCCUCCAUGGCCGCCAACGUUCUCUAUGCCGGCCAAACGCUCUACAGCGACUAUUCCCUCAAAGAAGGGGACUAUACCUUCAUUAUGCAGCACGACUGCAACCUGGUGCUGUACAACAGACAACUGGACAAGUGGUCCUCCAACACCAAGGACGAAGGUACCGCCUGCCACGUCACAUUGCAAAACGACGGCAACCUCGUCAUCUACAACAGCAAUGACAAGCCUCUUAAUUGGUCGAGCAACACCGCAGGCGAGGAGGACAAGUACAUCCUCGUCCUUCAUCGCGACGGCCACGUCGUCAUCUACGAACCUAUAUGGACCCGCCCCAAGAGAUACACCGCCAAUUCCAAAGGCUUCGUGAUCGUCAAAAGGGGCCACAGCGAUACUAGUAGCAUCACGGCGGCGGAUAACAACAUUCUCUAUGCCGGCGACACGCUGAACACCAGCUAA